GAUCGAGGCCAUGGGGAGAGACACAACAAUUGUUGGAAUAUAAGUUCGGUCCUGAGAAGGCCAGCACUUUUAACACAUAUGCUGUCAUGAAGUCUGGAUUCAAAAAAGUUGACAAAGCUGGAAAAAGCGCUCCUAUUCCCAGCAGGAGAGCACAAACCCGUCUUGAUGAAUACAGUGCAAGAACACAACUUCAUGAAAAUUCAAAAGAAUUAGAUGUACAAGCAUUGUAUUUCAUGGAACGGGGAAUGGCCCAUGGCCGCUUGCCAAUAGCUGAUGGUUAUGUGGAUAAGCAAACACUUGCAGCAACUGCUAAAUCAAAUCGUUUUCGCUCAAGCAACACAGCUGCUUAUCAAGCUGUAGUACAUGAAAAUGAGGAAUUGAAAGAGAGGAAUGAUGCACUGAACGAAACAAAUAAGAAGUUGAAUGAGAAUAAUGAGAUUCUCAUUGAGGAAAAUAGUGUUAAUCGUGAGAUGAUGCUGAGACUUUUUGAGGAUCUUAAGAAGUCUCCACCUGCUGAUCUGAUGAACCGUCUAGCAAAUAUCGACGCCCGUCGUCAUCAGGUUUCUGGACUAUCACAUGUCAGCACUAAUCCACUUGAAAUACUUGCUAGUGGUGAUAUCGUGGACACUGAUGUCGAUGAUGAUGACUACUAUGAUGAGAUGAAUGACAGCAACAGCUAUGACGAUGGCAACCAUUGCUAUGAUGAAGAUGGUAGGGAUGACAUUAGUUGCAGCGAAGAUGCCGAUAUGAAUAGUGGUAAUGGAGAGGACAGCGAUAUAAAUAGUGGUUAUGGAGAGGACAGCAUCAAUGAAGAGGAUGACAGUGAUGAUAACGAGGACGAUAUUGAUGAUAAUUGA